AUGCCAAAGCCGAUCAAAGCUUGUGAGCGUGUCCGAGUCCAGGCCUACGUACACGCCAACCACGACUGCAUUUCCCACGGAAACUCCUUGGCCAUCAGCAACCGCAUUUCCAACCAAACUUCCGGUAAGGGCACAAGCAACUCGACCUCCAGGAUUUCCAACGAAACACCCGAUCAGAGCACGAGCAACUCGACCUCCAGGGUUUCCAACGAAUCUACCGAUUACGGCUCGGGCAACUCGACCUCCAAUCGACGUUCCAACGAGCCUUCCAAUCGAAGCUCGGGCAACUCGACCUCCAAUCGACGUUCCAACGAGCCUUCCAAUCGAAGCUCGGGCAACUCGACCUCCAAUCGACGUUCCAACGAGCCUUCCCAUUGGGGCUCGGACUACACGACCUCCAACAAAAUUGCCGACGACACUUCCAAUUGGGGCUCGGACAACUCGACCUCCAACAGAACUGCCCACGACCCUUCCAAUUGGGGCUCGGUCGACACGGCGGCCAACCGAUUAUCCAACGAAACGCCAAAUACAGGUAGGGGGGCGGGCUCGAUCGACACGACGUCCAACCGAUUAUCCAACGAGACGCACAAUAGGGGCACGGGCAACCCGGCUUCCAACUGUGGCUCGCAUUACAUAUUCACCGGAUGCAACACCACAACCAGCGACAUCAUCGCCAUCAACAGAUGGAACAGACAGCUCUUUGCGAGGAGGGCCAUCGUCGCUUUCACGUCCUUGGCCAAAGCCUGA